UCAUCUAUAAUAAUAUAUCAAACCACCCAUCGAAGUUUGCCCUACAAGCGUCAGUUUCAAGAAUGGCUGAAAGAGAGCAGGUCAAACCCUUAGCUCCGUCGUCGUUCACACACUUUAGCAGCGGCGACGUAGAACAUCAUCCAGCCAUUUUCGCCAACGAUCCCCUCAAGUUUCGAAGACGAAAGUAUGUGCAGUGCUGUGGGUGCGUCACAGCCAUCGUAUUGAUCAUCGUGGUCGCGUUCUUAAUAUUUAGUUUCACAGUCUACAACGUGAAAGAGCCUCAGCUGAGUCUGAACGGUGUAACCCUCCUGAACUCACCUCUAAGUAGAGAAGCAAACAAGACACUCAUAGCUGAUGUCUCCGUCAAGAAUCCCAACGUCUUCACCUUCAGGUUUGGAAGCAGCAGCACCGUCAUUUACUAUAAUGGCACCGGAAUUGGAGAAGGUAGUACCCCGCCGGGUAAGGCCAGGGGCAGAAAGACGUUGAGGUUGAACGUGACCGUGGAGAUUAUGACAGAGAAGCUUAUGGAGAACCCGAGCCUGAGGAGCGAUCUGAUCAGAGAAAAUGCUAUGAACAUCAGCAGCUACACGAGAGUAGGUGGCAUCGUUAAAGUGCUGAAUCUUAUUAAAAGAAAGGUCGAGGUGCGGAUGAACUGUACGUUGGUAUACAAUAUCAGCAGUAAGUCAACCCACGGUGAGGCUUGCUUCACCGGCGUUGAUAUCUAGGCUUUCACGGUUGAUGGGUUAUCUCUGGGUGAGUCUGAUCAGUGAUGACAUUUUGGUUAGACCAAAAGUAGAAUUUUGUAUAAUUACGAAGAGAGAAUGCAAAAUAUUUGUGCAAAUCAUCAAUUAAUGCAUGAUAAUUCCACUUUGUUUAGUAUCUAUUGUAUAGGCAGCUCUGUAAUUUGCAAGUAAUGGGUAUGUAGAAGCCGAAUGUCCUGAGCAGGAAUGACAAAUAGCGUAGUCCGAAAUGAACAGUAGGUUGAUGCGACUUCAUGGUUGGUGAAAGAUUCUGAUUUCAAUCGAUAAGAAGCAUUCCACUGC